AUGUCUUUCAAAAUUAUUGACAGAAUUCUUUUACAGAAAAAAGUAUUCAAGAGGAAUAAUUGGAGAAUAGUGCUGCUAGACUACAGAGAAGCAAGGAGUACAUACAUUGCGUUUAUAGAUCCUCUGGAGAGUAUGCAGCAUCUCAAGCUUCUGGAAUCUCAAUCGUCAUUGUCAGUGGAUAUCUCUGAUCUUCUGUUUAAAAGACUCUUUCGCAAAGCCUCUUGGUUUCUUUUCGUCUCUUCAGCGGCUAUACCACAGAUUAAGCUUCAAUGGGGAUCUUCUUGCUGGAGAUUCAUUUUCUUCCUUGGUCUGAAGAAAAUAAUUAGUGAUGUUCUUUUUCUUUCCUAUUUUCCUCGUUACAGCAUCAAGUCCAUGCCUGAACUAAGGAUCUCAGACCUCAAAUCAGAAGACUCCAUGGCUCUGCAAAUCUUCUGGAAACUCAUCUCACCACCAGUGGGGAGAGGCUCCUCUAAUGGAUUUUUCUGGCUCUGUUCAGUGUCGAUUGGUCUCUUGGGGAGGCUCCCUCUUGGUUUCCUGGCUUUCUGUGGGCUCCUAUUUUUUCCUUCUUGGAUCUGGGCUUUAAUAGCUAUAUGCCGCUGGAUGUUAUCUUCCUAUCUGAUCAGAACUCUUUACUUCUAUGAAGGGAUCUUGCUGGAUAUUCAUCUUCUUCAUCCAUCUCAGCUUCCAGUUGCCUUCUGCAUUGGAUUUCUCUGCAACAGGUUGCACUUCGCUGGAUAUUCAUCUUCAAUCAGGUUCGAUGAAGGAGAGUAUAUGGCAGAAAGCUUGGCAGUCUUCACAGUGGUUCAGAGAUUUUUUCUGAUUUUCGUUCUGAGACUAGUCAACUGCCUAGCAAUGGGGUUAGCAGAUCAGGCCAAUGUUAUUAGUACCAGAUCGGUCGUCGAACCAACAACAGACCGGUCACCACGAAGGACUGCUUCCCUUGGCUGCCUCCCUGAUGAGACGAAGAACACUGGUCUGCCUCAUUCUCUGCCCUAUGCGAUUUAG